AUGAAAUCAUCAUUUUAUCCUACAACCAACAUUCGACGUAAAUGGUGGAAAGAAUGUAUAGCAUAUCAAAUUUAUCCACGAUCAUUUCAAGAUUCUAAUGGAGAUGGAAUAGGCGAUAUACGAGGUAUUAUUCAACGACUUGAUUACAUAAAAAAUCUUGGAGCUGAUAUUAUUUGGAUUUGUCCAAUUUUUAAAAGUGCAAAUGGUGUAAAUGUUUUAUUUUUCUGUAUAUAG